AUGAUCGAACAGCGUAAUGAGGAGCGCCUGGAGAUGAUUGAAGAGAAGAUGGACAAGAUGACGGAGGCACGGAGUCUGAACGGCCAGGGCAGUGAGUCUGUGGGCCCUGUCAGCCCUGUGCGUCCUGGCUUCCGUUCCGAGACGCAGUCUUUGUUCCAAGGCUGUGCGAGGCGAGAGGUCGCUAGACAGGUCGCAAAGGAGCGCAAGCACAGUGCCCGCACCCGUGCAAUCGCCAGAGCGGUCCAGCAGACUUGUGGUCCCGACUACUUGGUGCUCAUAAAGUAUCCGGCCGAUGCAACACGGGUCGAGCGCACCUGUUGCUUGCGCAGCAGCACAGCCUGCGCCGGCUGCGCCAAGUCUGCGGACGAGCGCACUUGCGAAGAGUGUGCCGGGGGAUUCAUCAAGCGUGGGUCCACCUGCGUGUCCUGCGCCGACUCGGCCGGCUGGGCUAGCUUGGAUGGAAGUACUUGUGCGCAACUUCAAGGAAGUGGCUGCAACGCGCAGAAGGUCCGUGGCCAGAGCAGCAACGAAGCUUGUUGUCAUUGCGGUGGCGGGCACCUAACACCGACACCCUUUUCGUACGACGUCAAGCAAUGGGUGUUGGGGAGUGAUGUGCGCCUGGCCCCAUUGCCGCGGACCGCGGACCGCUACUCGCUGGAUGAGGGCUGCGAGCUUGCGGCUCACAACCUGACCCUGGACGCCAGCACAGGCAUCGUCUCCGUGGCCGCAGAUCGCCUUCCGCCGGCCGAGGUCUUCGACCUCGAGUGCACCGUGACGGCCCACCAGAGCGGAGCCGAAGCCUACAGCACCGUGCUGCGCAUCUCCAUGACCGACUUCACCUACGGCGCUCCCCUGCUCUGGUUUCCCAGUGAGGUGUCCGAGUCUUACGCACCCAUUCCUCCGAUCACCACCACCACGACCACCACCACCACCACCGCCACCACCACCACCGCCACCACCACCACCACCAAGGCCCCGAAGCCAUUCAUCUUGACGACUUCCCAAGUGCAAGUCCAGAACGGGGCCGGACACACGUACCAGCUGGAGGAUCAGGUGGUCACCGUAACCUUCAAGCAUGACGUGGUUCUGGGUCCGAGCACUUCGUCCAGGGUCAGAGCCAGGAUGCCACAAGAUGUCGAGUUGGAACCGCACAUGGCAAGGACCGACUUCUACACUUACGACGGCGCGGCCCAAUACAAACCAGGUUUCAUUUGUAGGUGGGACAGUGGCAACAACAACGUCAUCUGGUUCAAGUGGGACCAGUUCGGCAGCAAUGUGUGGAUCCAUACGUCCGUCACGGUGACCAUCCCUGCUGGCACAACCUGCCAAUACCCGGCUGGCUCCAACGCCCAGGUCGUCUUACAACAAAGGCAGCCCGACGAGGUGGGCCGCUAG